AUGGCGGCGCCCAUGAUGGAGGUGGAGCUCGCGGCCGGGACACGGACACGGACAGAGCCCGGGCCCGGGGAUGUGGAGCGGCAUCAGCAUCAGCGCGGGCCCGGGGAUGGGGAGCGCGGGGCCGGCACUAGGACAGAGCGCGGGCCCGGGGAUGUGGAGCGGCAUCAGCGUCAGCGCGGGCCCGGGGAUGGGGAGCGCGGGGCCGGCACUAGGACAGAGCCCGGGCCCGGGGAUGGGGCGCCGUUGGCCGCCCGCCUGCGUCUGGUGCUGGGCAGCAGGAGCAACGCUAACGCCGUGCUGGACAUCCUGGAGACGCUGGAGGCUGAGGAAGAGGCCGAUACCCUUGAAGCCAUCCGCACCUGCGGCAGGUUGUUUUGCACCUUGCUGCAGCGAGGUGAUCUGUUUGUCGGACAGUUGCCCGGAGAAGAUGAGGCCAUGUCAGGUGACUACAGUGCGGAGACCAAGUACAGGAUGUGGAUGAGGCAUCGCUAUCAAGCCUGUGCGCAGCAACUCCUUGGUCUGAUGCUCCAUGAUUCUGAAGGUGUACAGAGACUGUGUGUGUGCACGCUGAUGAGGUUUAUCCAGACGGAAGGAAGGAGCCCACUAGUCCAAGGUGCGGACGAUAGUUCGUGUGUCUUCCCCGUGGAGCUGCUGAAGUCUGUGGUGGAACGCUUGCUGCAGGUGGAGACAGACUCCUCCUUGCUGAUCGCCUGCUUCCAGGAGUACCUGCGAUACGCUGACGUGCGUUACUACACUAUGGCGUGCACGGCCGACCACAUCCCAAGAGUAAUGCAGAAAGCCAAGGGGGCCCUGGUCCCCGCAUACCAACUCAACGUGUUCAACCUUCUCGCCUCCAUCCACAUGCCCGCGGGGCAGGGAGACCCUCGAGCCUUCCUGGUGAAACCAAAGAGGAAGUGUGCAGAGUACAAGGCAACGAAGCUGAAGGAACAGAAAAAAAAAUUUGAGCAAGUGUGGCUUGUAUUCCUUAAAUACAAGCUCCCCAUCGCGCUCUACAAGAAGGUGCUGGUGAUCUUCCACGAGGCCGUCCUACCUCACAUGAGCAAGCCCACGCUGAUGAUUGACUUCCUCACCGCAGCCUACGAUGUUGGGGGGGCCAUCAGCCUGCUGGCCUUGAGCGGACUCUUCAACCUCAUCCACCAGCACAACCUGGAAUACCCCGACUUCUACACCAAACUCUACAGUCUACUGGAACCCUCCGUACUCCACGUCAAAUACCGUGCCAGGUUCUUCCACCUGCUCAACCUCUUCCUGUCAUCCAGCCAUUUACCGGCGUACCUGGUAGCAGCGUUCAGCAAGCGACUGUCCAGACUGGCGCUGACCGCUCCCCCCAACUCCUUGUUGAUGGUCAUCCCCCUCAUCUGUAACCUUCUCCGUCGCCAUCCAUCCUGCCGGAUCCUCCUCCACCGGACGACCGACGCCACAGAGCUUUCCGCUGAUCCCUACCUUGUGGAUGAAGAGGACCCAGCAAAGUGCCGAGCGUUGGAGAGCUCCUUGUGGGAGCUACAGGCUCUGCAGCGGCACUACCACCCUGAUGUUGCUGGAGCGGCAGCUGUGAUCAAGAAGGCGCUGUGUGACCAGGAGACGGACCUCUCCGCGCUGUUCGAUCUGUCCACCCCAGAGCUCUUUGAGCGGGAGCCCAGGAAGAGGGCGUGCCGCGCCCCGCUGGAGUUUGAGGCUGCGGACGGGAUCCUGGGCCGGAGGAGAUGUCUGGUCCCCCAGCUCUGGGCUCUGGAGUAACUGCUGUGGUCACCGCUCUGUGUAAACACGCCGUGGCUGAAAGUGAAACCAGUAAAAAACCCCGAGUGUUCUGCAUCGUCUU